AUGGGUAAUGUAAACACACGUGAUUCGCCCGCUGCUAACCCACUCGAGGUCAGUCCGCGGGCCGCCCUUCACUCUCCAGCCAAAGCGACGAUGGUGCUGCAACUGCACGUGUGGGGGCCGGCAUUUACUUUGCCCUCAAUUGAGGCUCAAUGCCUCGCAGCGAUUGCUUACUGCUCAUUAGCCCUGCCUAAGGGCUCCUGGGAGCUGGUGGCGACCAGCGAUCCCUCCGUGUCUCCUACUGGUGAACUACCCGCCUUGCAAGAUGGGUCGACGUGGGUCAGCCGCUUCCGCAACAUCGUGGACUAUCUGCGCCAAUACUCGAACGGAGAAUGGGAUUUGGACCGCGAGCUUGAUGAAACAGCUCGUGCGGAUAGUAUCGCAUUCUCCUCCUUCAUCGAAUCCCGUGGCCAAGUUCUCCUCGACCUCUCCCUAUACGUGAGCAGCCAGAACUACUAUGGCAACACAUCGCCCGCAUACGGAAAUCUCCUUCAAUGGCCAAACCAAUGGAUCCUCCCGCCGAAGCUGCACGGUGCCGCCAAAGCCCGCACCGAACAUCUGGGUGUGUCGUCGCUGGACCUACAAGCGAUGGAAGAGCAGCGCCAACGUGAACACUCGGCUGCGGUUGCAGCCGGCCGAGUCCCGAAGAAUCUGAUUGCGCCCCCACGCGAUACGGUAUCGAAAUUGCUAGGCCGAACGGCACAGCAGAACCACUUCCGCCUGGAGGCGCUGACGGGCGAGUUCCUCGAGCCAUUGGAGGCUAUGCUGGGCCACAAGGCGUAUCUUUUGACUGCGAACGAGGGUGAUACUCUGUCCAGCUUGGAUUGUGUUGCGUUGGGUUACCUUUCCCUAGCGCUAGUGCCCGAACUCACCUUCCCGUGGCUGCGGGACGCUAUGCGGACUAAGAGUCCGCGACUUACCGCCUAUACGGAACGCGUGCGGCGUCGAUGUUUUGGACAGUCGCCUGUGGAGGUUACGCAUGCGUUUUCGCCGGAGUCAGCGCCCUCAUCACCGCUGCCAUGGCGGACCCCGAGCCGUAUCUCCGUUGCGGCUGUCGGCACUACACUUCUUGAUACACUGGCUGAUUCCACGCCACUCCUCCGCAAUCUUCGCCGGUUCAACGGACUGAAGGCAGGUGCCCAGUCCCCAGAUGCAGAUCUGUCGGGCCUCGAGCGGACUGCCGUCUCCCAGGCCGCUGACGCUGGUAAAAAUGACCUGUACGCCUCCGUCGCAGCUGUCGUGGGUGGUGUUGCGGUGUUGGUUGGCUACAUGUUUCACAUUGGCAUGAUCGCUACUCCCCCAGUAGCCAAGAAGAGCACGAGGAGGGGCAAGAAGAAGAGGGAGAGAAAGAGGGCAGCGAAGCUG